UUAUCUCUGCUUCUCUCUGCUGACUGCCAUGACUGCAGGUAGCUCCAGCCUCCUAAGCUGAGAGGAAGGAGAGGCUUCCCUGCCAGUUCUAGUUGGGAGAAUCCUAGGGAGGAAGGAAUUCUGAUUGGCUCAGUUUGGGUCACAUGCCCUUCCUGCUACCAGUGGCUAUGGUUGGGUGAUUGGGGUGCUAUGAUUGGCUGAGGCAGAGUCACAUGUUCAGCACUGUGGUCAGCAGGGAGGGUGUAUUGAGAAGGGUGUCCUGGGCAGGCAAGUUAUCCAACCGCCACUAGUUUCCAGUUUUCCAUUGACAGAGGCUCUGUGUGGUCUCCUUGAGCCUCAUGCCUGCCUCUGGCAUAAAUAUUAAUAUCAUCCCCACUAGCACAGCUGGGAAGGAAGUGUGUAGAGGAACCAAAGUGUCCACGGUCCUACAGCCUGUAUGUGCCCGUCACAGGGCCUGGGAGUGUCGAUGCCAGAGCCUGGAGCCAGGUCGUCUUUGCCGGAAGGAACCAUGAACUGGCACCUGCCCUUCUUCCUCUUGGCCACCGUGACUUUGCCUUCCAUCUGCUCCCAGUUCAACCCUCUGUCUCUCGAGGAACUAGGCUCCGACAUGGGAAUCCAGGUCUUCAAUCAGAUCGUCAAGUCGAGGCCGUAUGACAACGUCAUCGUCUCCCCGCACGGGAUCGCCUCGGUCCUGGGGAUGCUUCAGCUGGGGGCCGACGGCAGGACCAAGAAGCAGCUCACGACGGCGAUGAGAUACAGCGUGAACGGAGUUGGUAAAGUGUUAAAGAAGAUCAACAAGGCCAUCGUCUCCAAGAAGAACAAAGAUAUCGUGACAGUGGCGAAUGCCGUGUUUGUCAAGAACGGCUUUAAGAUGGAAGCGCCUUUCGUUACGAGGAACAAGGACGUGUUCCAGUGCGAGGUCCGGAACGUGGACUUUGAGGACCCCGCCUCUGCCUGCGAUUCCAUCAAUGUGUGGGUUAAAAACGAAACCAGGGGCAUGAUCGACAACCUGCUGUCCCCAGAUCUGAUCGACGGGGUGCUCACCAGGCUGGUCCUUGUCAAUGCAGUGUAUUUUAAGGGUUUGUGGAAAUCACGGUUCCAACCUGAGAACACAAAGAAGCGCACGUUCGUGGCAGCUGACGGGAAAUCCUAUCAAGUGCCGAUGCUGGCCCAGCUCUCUGUGUUCCGCUGCGGGUCGACCAGCACCCCCAACGACUUAUGGUACAACUUCAUCGAACUGCCCUACCACGGGGAAAGCGUCAGCAUGCUGAUCGCGCUGCCCACCGAGAGCUCCACCCCGCUGUCGGCCAUCAUCCCUCACAUCAGCACCAAGACCAUAGACAGCUGGAUGAGCACCAUGGUGCCCAAGAGGGUGCAGGUGGUCCUGCCCAAGUUCACAGCUGUAGCACAGAUAGACUUGAAGGAGCCGCUGCAAGUUCUUGGUAUUACCGAGAUGUUUGAUUCAUCAAAGGCAAAUUUUGCAAAAAUAACAAGGUCAGAGAACCUCCAUGUUUCUCACAUCUUGCAAAAAGCAAAAAUUGAAGUCAGUGAAGAUGGAACCAAAGCUUCAGCAGCUACAACUGCGAUUCUAAUUGCAAGGUCAUCGCCUCCCUGGUUUAUAGUAGACAGACCUUUCCUAUUUUUCAUCCGACACAAUCCUACAGGUGCUGUCUUAUUCAUGGGGCAGAUAAACAAGCCCUGAAGAGUAUACAAAAGAAACCAUGCAAAGACUACUUUGCCAUGAAGAAAAGACUCCUUUCCUACAUCUUUCAUAGUUCUGUUAAAUAUUUUUGUACAUUGCUUUCUUUCUCAAAACUAGUUCUUAGGAACAGGCUCAAUGAUGCAAGCAUUUCUGUUCUGAGAGGUAUUAGAAGGAAAAAAGGGCAGGAUGACUGGAACACUGUACUGAGGAAUGAAUAGAAAAGCUUCAAAAUGUCUAAAAGAUUCUUUAAACUACUGAACUGUUACCUAGGUUAACAGCCUUCUUGAGUAUUUGCUGUCUGUCCAGUUCAGGAUUUUUGUUUUGUUUUGUUUAUAUGUGCAGCUUUUGAGAAGAAAUUUAAUCAGUGUGACAGAAAAAGGAAAAAAAAAAGAUGUUUUAUGGUAGCUUUUACUUUUUUAUGGAAAAAAUAUUAUUUGCCAUUUUAAUUCUUUUCCCCACCCCCAUCCAAAGUCUUGAUAGCAAGCAUUAUUUUGGGGGUAGAAGUAGGAAAUCUCUAGCCUCUUUGUGUGUUUUUGUUGUUGUUUUAUAUAAUGCAUGUAUUCACUAAAAUAAAGUUUAAAAAACUAAUGUCUUGCUAGACAAGGUUUGCUGUUGUGCAGUGUGCCUGUCACUACUUGUCUGUACUCUUUGGAGUGGCAUUUUUGUAUUUUGUACAAAGUAAAAAUAAAGUGUUAUGAGUAGUAAAAAAAAAAAAAGCCAUUUCUCUACUAUUUGGAAAUA